UUCAAAAAUUUGUAAUCAUGGCGCGUGUACCACCGCCUGCAAAUCCUGCCCUUAAAAAGGAUAAGAAGGAGAAAAAGAUUCCGAAAGACAACUCUAAAAAUGUUAUGCGGAAUCUGCACAUAAGAAAACUCUGUUUGAACAUCUGUGUUGGUGAAUCUGGUGACAGACUGACACGUGCUGCUAAGGUGUUGGAACAGUUAACUGGUCAACAGCCCGUUUUCUCCAAGGCCCGUUACACUGUCAGAUCUUUUGGUAUCCGUCGUAAUGAAAAAAUUGCAGUUCACUGCACUGUCCGCGGUGCUAAGGCCGAGGAGAUCCUUGAAAGAGGAUUAAAAGUGAGGGAAUACGAGUUGAGACGCGACAACUUCUCAGCGACGGGUAACUUUGGUUUCGGUAUUCAGGAGCACAUUGACUUGGGUAUCAAAUAUGAUCCUUCUAUUGGUAUCUAUGGUCUCGACUUCUACGUCGUUCUUGGAAGGCCAGGAUUCAAUGUAGCACACAGAAGACGUAAGACUGGCAAGGUUGGGUUCCCCCAUCGUUUGACUAAGGAAGAUGCCAUGAAGUGGUUCCAACAGAAAUACGAUGGUAUAAUCCUUAACAGCAAAAAGUAAAAUAAGUAAUAAAUGUUUAUAAACACG